AUGUCCGAAGAAAAGGACAAUGUGAAGCCAGGUAACAAUGACGAAGGAAGUUCAUCAGCCAAGCGACGAAAGAUUGAUGGAUCUGAAGAAAAAAUCACCAACAAUCCGUCCGAGUCAGUUAUCGAGAAAGUUCUUGAGAUGUGUCAAGAGGUCCUGAAUAAACAAAAGGAUCUUGAAAUGUCGAAUUUGGAAAUUGUCGAAAAGCUUCGAUCUGCUGAAGAUGAAAUCAAAAAGCUCUCAAAAGAACAGCAGGAAAAGUUUGAUUCAAUUCAAUCGGAUUUGAAUGAAAUCAAUCAGACACUCAAACCAGAAGAACCGUCGAAAAUGGAAGAGAACGAUGAUUCUGCAGAUAUAACAGCUUUUGUCAAUCUUACUCAGAAGAGCAAAGAAAUGAUGUCGACAUCAGGCAAAUACUUCGUAUUGAAGCACAAGUUUAAAAAUAUUUCUAGUAUUAAAAGUGGAAAAAUUCACAUCAGUGAGAAGGAAGAGCAUUUCGGUGUUCCAUGGCAAUUGUAUAUGAAAAGGAGCGAUGGAUAUCUCUCAUUCUUUUUCUCGUGUUUAUUAUUUAAUAAUAUUGAAAAUACCUGGGAAAUUGAAGUUGAAUACGAACUGAAGAUUGUCUCUCCUAGCUCAAGAGAGAAAAAACAAAAGUUUUGUAGUGUUUUCAAAAGUCAAUGUCUAGGGAGUUUAACGGGGGUCUGUAACUUCAUCGAAUGGGACGAACUGGAAAAGGAUUUAGUUGUGGAUGACUGCUUUUAUGCUGAAAUCGGUGUGAAAAUAAAAAAGAUGAGUGGAAUUUACAAAGAGGACUUGAAAAGUUUCGAUAAAACUAUGGAAGAUGUUUCGGAUGUCGUUCUAAUCGUCAACGAAGAGAGAUUUUUCGUUUCAAAGCUGUACCUUGCUUCUCAUUCUCUAUACUUCAAAGCGUUGUUUUUGGGAAAAUUCAAUGAAGCAAAGAAGACUGAGAUCGAACUGUCUGGAAUUGAUGCUGAUGACUUCCAGAACUAUCUGGAAGUUCUUUAUGGAGAACAAUCGAUUGAUAAAUUCACUGUCGAGGGAAUUCUCUUGGUUGCUGACAUGUACGACACACCAAUGGUCAUUCGAAAAUGCGAGGAUUUUCUAGUUAAGAAAUCUUUGAAAACGUUGAAAAAGAAGUUGGAGAUGUCAGUUCGAUAUAAUUUAGAAGGACUCAAAAAAAAGUGUCUCGGCGAGAUCAAAUCGAUUGAUGAUAUAAAAUCAGUUAUCCCCGGAAAUACUCAUGACAUGGACUCAUCAAUUAUGGCUGAACUUCUCGAGAAGUCUCUUGAGUUCCAUUGA